CGCUGACGUCAUAUUCCGUCGCCUCCACUCGUCUCUUUCCCUCUUUGAGCAGACGCCGCUGUGUUUCUCUGUUUUCUGAAUUUUGUGCAUUUUAAAGAGUCCUCGGAGUGUUUGUGAGCAGGAUGGGUCCCGUAGAGCUUCUUCACAUGUCGGUGUUCUCUCAGAGCUUCUCUCCCUGCGGUCGAUUCCUGGCAGCCGGAAACAACUACGGAGAGAUCGCACUGUUCAGUUUGUCCGCAGCUCUGAGUCCAGACGCCACUGAAUUAAACAAGAAACCGGUUCUGACGUUCACCGCUCAUGAGGGUCCAGUGUUUUCUCUCCUCACCACUGACUGUCAGCUGCUGAGCGCUGGAAACGGAGAGGUCAGCGCGUGGAACUGGAACGAGCUCAUCAAGAAGAACGUCAAACCUUUGUGGACGAAGAGACCAAACUACAAGUCCAGUCUGGAGAUCCCAGAGAUCAACUCCAUGGUCAUCAACCCGCGGGACAACACUCUGGUCCUCGGAGGAGGAGACAACAACAUCCACAUCCUGGACCUGGAACACGGAGUCUUCAAGUCGGUGCUCCAGGGUCACUCCGACUACGUCCACUGCGUGAGCGUGAGGGAGAGGGAGGCCGAGAUCCUGUCGGGAGCGGAGGACGGAGCCGUGAGGAUAUGGGACAGCAGGACGGCUCAGUGCGUUCACUGCAUCGAAGUCUACAAGUACGAGAGCUGCGCGCGGCCUCAGCACGGGAAGUGGAUCAGCUGUGUGACCGCCGACUCUGACUGGAUGCUGUGCGGCGGGGGUCCGUCUCUGUCCCUGUGGCACCUCCGCUCUCUGUCCCCCACCUCGGUCUUCCCCCUGAGGGGCUGCCAGCGCCAGGCCACCUUCCACCAGGACAAGAUUCUGGCCGUGGGCGAAGGAGCGUUCGUGUCCCACUGCCUACUGGGCGGAGAAGUCAAGGCUCAGAUCCCCUGCACUCCGCAGAGCCUCAACACGCUGCAGCUCAACUCCAACAGCACGGAGCAUCGGGUGCUGACAGUGGGAGGCAGCAGCAACCACAUCGACGUGUUCACCAACAUGUCCUACAGAGCGUUUUCGUUCAGCUUCUGACCGCUUUUCUUUUACCUCUGUCUUUUCUGUCCCGUUUCUGAAGAUGCUGUCGUUUCUUAAUAAAAUUAUA